UUUCCUCUGAGCUGCACUUGCAAAGCAAUUACAACAAUGUCUGAGCAAAUGGAAAUUGCAUGGAAACUGCUUGAUCUUCAUGAUUCCAUCUCGCUUUCCAAAUCUGAAAGACAAGUCAGAAGAACAGGGGGGCUGAAGCAAUGGCAGCUGGAGAGAUGUCCACACUUAAGCUCAUCAGUGACUCACUCUCUGGAAAACAAAAAGAUCUUACUGUACGAAGCCGCCUGGAAAGGGGACGCAGAUCAAGUCAAUACCUUACUCAACUUUGGGAUAUCUGUAAACUGCCAAGAUUACAGAGGAUGGUCUCCAAUGCACAUAGCUGCAUGUUGUGGACAUCUAGCCCUAGCAAAAUAUCUAUUACAAAAAGGCGCUUCUGCUAAUGUCAGGGAUUCUUGGAAUUAUACUCCACUUCAUCGUGCUGCAUGGAAUGGACACGCAGAAUUAGCUGAACAUCUAUUAGAGUGUGGCGCAUCUCCUGAUUUGUUGUCAUCUUCUGGGGAGACACCAAUGCAUCUAGCUGCAGGAAAUGGCCACCUUCCUUGUAUUAAAACGCUACUAAAAUACAAGUCUUCGCUCAGCAUCAGAGACAACAACAAAUGGACUCCACUGCAUUGGUGCUCUGUUAAUGACCACAUGGAUGUGUUGGAUUAUCUAAUGUCCCUUGGCAUUUCUUUAGAAAAAGACACCAACACAGGCAUGACAAUGCUUCAUUUGGCUGUACUGGCUGGAAAUAUACAAGUCACCAACUAUAUAUUAAAGAAUAAGGUGGACGUCAAUGUUAAGGACACCCGGGGGACAACUGCUCUACAUUUGGCAGCAGAAAAUGGUUAUAAUGAGAUGGUGGAGUUCCUGCUGAGAAAAGGUGCUUCUGUGCAUACACAGGAUGACAACCAGCUCACUCCAUUACACCGCACUGCCGGGCGAGGUCAUGCUCUUAUGGUAAAACUAUUACUGCAAAAAGGAGCUGAUGUUAACUGCAAUGACUCAGUAAACCUAACAGCUUUACACCAUGCUGCCUAUAGGGGGCACAGUGGGGUAUGUUCCAGGUUACUUCAGCAUGGAGCAGACAUACAUGCCAGGGACUGGCUUGGAAAAACAGCGCUUCACCUGGCAGUAGAAAGAGGGCACGCUCAUGUGGUGAAAACUCUGAAGGAGUGCGGUGCUGAUCCUUGUAUUAAAACCAAGUGGAAUGAAUCUGCUACAGACAUGGCGGUACAAGGCAGCUACAAGGAUAUUCUUAAGAUUUUAAACAUGGGCGGAAUGAAUUUAUGCUAAAAACAACUGUAAUAUCAAAGAUCAUAGAGUCCAUUCAAUAUAUUUUAUGUGUGUAUGUUAAUAAUAUGCUUUUAAUAUUUGGUAGAUUCAUUUAAUG